AUGGUUGGUUGUUUCAUCUUAGGUAGUGGUAUUGUUUUCAACUUUGAAAUCGGUCAAUACAAAGACUUUACACAAUUAAAGAAGGCUAUUUGGGAGGAGGAUAAGGAAUACUUUGAAAGCGUUGGAAUCAAAAACGAAAAAAGAUUUAAGUUAUGGAAGGUUCAGAUCUCCACCAAAAAUAACAACGAGUAUGAUAAACUUCUGGAGAAUCAUCAUGAAGAUCUUGACGUUAAAGAAGAUUUCGGUGGUGAGCGGUUAGACGAAACCUGGCUUAUUGAUUCAAUAUUCAAAUGCCCUCCUCCAGAAGAACACAUUCAUAUUAUGGUGCAACCCCCACCGCCCGCCACCACUGACGCACCUAAAAAGGGAAUAUCAAGGCUAGGAGGUCUCGGAGGGACAAAAUACCUAGGACUAGAAAAUGGUUUUUUCUAUGAAGGCGUUAAUCUUACUAGUGCUUCUAUAUGUCGGAGAGAACCAACUAUCAACAAACUGCUUAAAAGUCUGCUUAAAGAACGCAUCAUUUUAAUUCGAUCACCGCCCAUGACCGGAAAAACAUCACUUGGACAGCUACUUGAAGCUAAGUUGCUCCAAUUAGAUGAAGUGCAAAAUGGAUCAGCUCGUGUUUUUCGUAUUUCGUUGAUAUGGAUUGAAAAAAUGACUACUUCGUGGACAUUUUCGGAAGGAUUUGAAAAACUUUUAGGGAUAAAUUGGGAUGAUUUUCUUGAUCAAUGUGGUCAUAAAAAAACAUAUUUGAUUGUCGAUGAAGUUCAAAAAAUAUAUAGACAAUCAGAUGGAGAACCUCAUCAUGAUGGAAGUGUGUUUUGGAAUUCAUUUAAACGUAUAAUGCAAAAUCUACAGCUUUUUAUUGUAGCACUGGCUUCUUACGGACAUUAUGGUGCUUAUGCCACUCGUGGAAAUCGUUCAGCCAUGGAUAUAUCACCAGUUAAUAAUCUUACUGCAAAGAACAAAUGGGGAUAUAAAGACAUUUGUUAUACUGAAGAUGAAUUUAAAGACUAUUUUGACCGAUUCUGUGGAACGUAUCUUAAAGAAGAGCUGGUAAAAGAUGACAUUCCAUGUCUUUUUAGCUAUUUGUCUGAAAUAACAGCCUAUCAUCCGGGCUUAAUUGCUUAUACUAUGGAUCAUAUUGGAGAAAGAUUUACCAAAAAGAGAAGUAAUUCUCUAUCAUUUGAUGCAAUUUUUUCUUAUUUAAAAUCUCAAGACUUUAAUGAUAUUUUCAAGACUAUUCGUGCAUUUUACCCAGUUACUGAUCUUUCAGAUGAGGAAAGGCAAAUUGUUGAUUCUGUGCUCUUUAAAAAAGGAGGUCUAGAUUAUGAAACAGAGAAAAUUCCAAAUAAUGGCCGACUUCUUAAGACAAAUGCACUUGUUGAUACAAGUUCAAGCAAAUCACACAUUGCAUUACUUGAUUUUCCAGCACCAUUACUCCGAAUAACCUACCUUCAAAACCGUUUUGGUUCAAUAAGCCGACCUAAAUCACCUCCUAGUACGUUUAAUGAAUUUAUAAAAUUAGUACUCGCAAAAAUGAAUCCAAAAAUAUUGCGAAAAAGUAAAGGUAGAGGCACAGAUGGCCGUCUACUUGAACGUGUAUGGCAGAUGGAAUUCUACCGUGCCUCAAUGCAGGUUUUAUCCAAUGACACUUGUGUUUCUGUAGAUGCUGGAUCAUGCUUUGGGUCAAAUGGUUAUAUCGACUUUUAUGUAAAUAAUAAGAAUAAAUGGGCAAUUGAACUGUUAAGGGACGGAAAUAAAUUGGAAGAACAUCAGAAAAGGUUUGAAAAAGGUGGUAUUUAUAUUCCCAUUCUCAAACAUGCAAAUAAGUGGGCAGUCAUUGAUAUUCGUAGUAGUGGAAUGGAAGCUCCGGAUAUAAAAGAUCGUAAAAAAUAUGAUAUAUAUGUUCUCUGUGCCGAGAACUUUGAAUCUGUUCAGCUUAUAUAUCCUAGUGGAACUGAAGAACCUGUUCGAUUGUUAGGCGAAGAAGAAAAUUUGCUUGGAUAUAAUAUCUCGGACUUUUUAGAUGAUCCAAUGGAAACUGAUUAA